AUGCUGCGAUGCAGGCUAUGGUGGUACUCCAGAGAGGUUGUUGAGCUUGAAAGAGAAGUUGAGUUUCUUCGCGCAAGGCUUCAGGGUUCGGAUGUUGCACUUGGAGAUGGCAUGCUUGCUUGUGGGAGACCUGGCUCCAACAUUUCUGGCCUCCACUUCAAUGUUAGACAAGAGGUGUUCCCAGCUGUACCUGGCUUGGUGGGUGCAAAGGUUGAGGAUGAAACGAUCGACACAGUUUCCGACGAUGGUGAAGGCUUGGAAGAUCCGCUUCUAGGUCAGUUGGAUGGAGUUAGAGAUGGAUACGUGUAUGGAUGGGCAUGCCAAAGAGCAAAUGUACCAGCAGCCCUGAAGGUGGUUCUGUACAUCAACGAUGUGCAGGUUGGCACCGUGCAAGCUAACAAGCCAGCACCGCACAGCAUUGUCAAUCGCAUCUGCACUGGGCCAUCGCCAGUGGAGGCACACACUCAGCCUGCUAGGAAUGUGGCCUUUCGGUUCAAAAUGCCAGACUUGCCAGAUGGGCAAUAUCAGUUGCGUGCCUUUGCCUAUCAGCCUGAUGGGAGGUGGCGCAAGGAGCUGUACCUGUCACCGCUCUCAUUCUAUCACUCAGACUCCCGCCCGGACUUGAUUGAAGCCAUAAGAAGAAAAGAUGACAUCAUCAGAGCUAGGAAUGCACAAGUUGCAUCCCUCAAUGAAGAACUGAACACCAGGGGAGCCUGGGAGUCGGUCACCAGUGAGCCAAGAGUACGGACAUUUACGCCAAAACCAGGGCAAGACGAUCUGCCCCGCCUGUUGGUCUUCAUAGGCGUUAAUUCGGACCCUGGAGACAAGUUUCAUCGCAACUUCUUGCGUGCAACGUGGAUGAAGAACAUGACUGCUCUGGAGGAGAAAGGCGUUGCUGCAAAAUUCGUUGUGGGCAAAAGUGACUGGCUACCCGACAAAGAGGUUUCGGACUUGGCAGACGAGAUGGCAGAGUUUGGAGACAUGGUGACAAUCGACAUAAAGGGGUAUGAGGACGCAGCAAAAAAGAUACUGGCAUUCUACCGGUCUGUUGCGCUCACGACAGAUGCUGAUUUCUAUUUCAAGGUCGAGAAAGAUGUUGUGGUGAAUGUCAACAACCUUGUUGAAUAUCUCACCCCCAACCGUGACAAGGGCAACCUAUUCGUGGGCUGCAUGAAAUCUGGUGAGGUGGUCACCGACUCAAAAAAGGCCUGGUACGAGCCACAGAACUAUCGGUUUGGUGACCCCAUUGGCGGUGACAAGAAGCUGUCCUACCCCCGCCAUGCACACACCCAGGUCUUUGGCCUCUCUCGCAGUGUGGCCAAGUACCUUGGACAGAAUGCGGAUGUCAUGCAUGGCUAUGCUCACGACGAUGUGACGGUGGGCGCCUGGCUGCUUGGGCUGGACGUGGAGUACAUGGACGAGGGGCGGCUCUGCUGCGCAGUCUGUGAUGGCUACGACCCACAAAAAAAGGGUUGCAUAUCGUUCUUCAGCACGGGUUGCUCUGGCGUUUGCCAUCCAGAGACCGAAGUGCUGAGAACUUACGAAGAUUGUGUGGAAGAGUAA